AUGCUUGCAAAAAUAAUUAAUGGUCCAGAUGCUAUUGUUUACAACACUCACUGGCAUAGUAAUAUAGAAACUGGCAAAACAAAUUCUGUUGUGAGUUGCCCUAAACCUCCAGGUCAUGUGAUCGGUAUUGGAGGAUCUCAAGUAGACAUAUACUCUCAUCCUAUACAAUCGCGGACUGAUGUCUUUGUCCAGAAAGUUGGAAGUGAGGUGUUUAGUUCGUUGACCAAUGAAAGGCUGCAGGUUUUGAACGUACCUUAUCGUGAUUAUAAACAUACCACACAUUAUGGCUCACCAAAGACCAAAAAUUACACCACAAGUAUACCAAGUCACAGAGCCCUGAAAUCCGAUGGUAUAUACGUGAACUGUCCAUUUAAACCAUCUCAAAAACCUGAGUCCAGCAAACAUUAUAACACAAGAUACCAGUAA